CCGACGCUGGGCUGGCUGACUGCCUGCAGACUUGCAGUCGUAUUUUCUGCAGCAUGGUCACGUGCCAGGUUCUUCUUUGGCAUGGCGGCUACCUGCCUGGCCCAUGGCCCUUAUCCUACACUCAUCACUGUAGCUCCUACGAAGUACAAUGUUGCAGUGUCUGAGGCUGCGUCUGUCUUUGGAUGAACAACCUUGAAGCCUGUUCUGUUUGAACAACCAACCAGCCGUGCUGCGUGCGGUAGUCUACGUGUAUGCAUCACGCCCACUGCAGUCGGAACUGUUGCAGAUGAGACACGCUGAACUCGACAUGAUGGCUUCAAGUCGCCUCUUUAUCCAAACGUCCAGUCAAGCCUUAUCGAUGGCAGCUCGGGUAACACAAUAACACCUCGCCAGUCUCGUAUCGACUUCCUACUGCAGGCAACUGAGCACACCAGGCAUGCCUUAUGCUGGCAUGAGCCCUUUCGAGACCGGCGCCCGGAACGCCGUGGACUGAGACUGGACUAUGUCGGAGCAAAGGCUUCAUAGAGCCGUGUGAUAGACCGCCCAUCCGCGGUGGAGAGUUGAGACACCGAGUCGGACCAAACGCUUCAUUCAGGCAUAAGGCUUCCGCGCGAAUUCUUUUCGACACAAAACGACACAGAACGAAACAAUGCCGUGAUACCCGUUUCCUUAUAUUGACUUGGUCGUGCUUUAGGCUUUCAAUAUCGCCAUUCGUCGAAUGCCCUAUCGCGACGCCAUUCCGGUGGCCCGUCUCAAUUACACCUGCCGCAAGAGGCAAGUCGCUUCAUGUUAGCGCUCCGAAGCAGAGGAUACCCUACAGCGUGGGAUGUGUCGAUCACGGCGAGGUGUUGCCCGGCGCAUUUCCGCUCCCGGUUCCCUUGCAACGUAUUACCCUCGACAAAGGCGGGAGUUGCAAUUACCCCGCGAUCUACAGCGUGGUGGCCCGUGGACGAUCGAAACGUGCUGGACACGAUGCGUGCUACGUACUCAUUGAGGAUGAGAGCAACCGGGAGAUCAACAUGUGGGCACGCUUCUUAGGGCUCGGACACCGCGCCGGAUCGUCACACUGGUCUUCGUAUUGCAACAAAACGAAACACACGGCACAUCACGGGUUAUACAUACAUUUGUAUACAGCAUCUCCCCCGUUCAACUUAAAUACGGCGCGUGCCGUAACGGACAUCUCCCACAAGCGCGCCAUGGUCGCCCGUGCCUGAUAUCGGAUAUCCGGCACUCCGGUCCCCCUUUAGCUGGCCUCGAGGCGCACGGCAGUCCAUAGCCGCUGACUUGCCUCUUUGAGGACCGCGCGCCAUCUCUCCGUCGCCGCAUGCAGGUGCCAGUCCCGGACAGGUGCCUGGGUCCGUCCCCGAAUUAUCCGGCCCCUCCAGGAGGAGCUUUUAGCCUAGCGUUCUUUGAUGCCCGCCAUGGGAGCUUGGAUGCCAUCUUGUGUGAGCCUCGUGCCUGUUGAGCGUUGGUGCAACUUGUGACCUUCAGCUCCCACAUCUACUGCUGACAAAGAGAGAGGGAGAGGGAGCAAAGAGGAAGGUGGCUCAAGACGACGACCGCGAGGCUCUCACAUAGGGUUGCAUUCGCUUCGAGAUUGUCCCGAGUUGGCUGCCGCCGUCUUCUACGGGGGAUAACGACGCCGUUCGCGGCGGCCUUUGCGACAUCACAGUCGGCUACACGCAAAAGGGAUGAAGAAUAUCGCAACCUUGCCCAGGGUGUGCUUCCGUGCUUUGGGGAGUGGCACCUACGGAAGAAAGCAUAGCUCGAGACGCCAACAUCACGACCUGCGCCAUUCUGUCUGGUGCUGGUUACAUUUAAUAUGAUCUCAUGUUCCAACAAGUGACGAGGGGGAUAUCCACGACGGACAAAGUAUAAGAAGGCCCCCAUGGCAUCAACUUGAUACCAUUUGGCAGAAGCCAUCAGAGUUGUCCUGGGUCGCUACCUCUACUUCGGAAGGAAACCAUCUGUCGUUGUCAUUGUUCCUCACAUCCGCACUGAAGAUUCUAGUCUCCUCCCGUCCCCCUAAAGUUCAUUCAUCAUGAAGUACAGCACUGCCAUCAUCGCGGCCCUCGCCGGCCUCGCCGCCGCGCUGCCCAGCCCUCCCGCCGCCGCCAGCCAGCAGCAGCAGCCCAGGGCAGCCCCCCGCCGCGUCGGCCGCACCAAGAAGUCGGGCUUCAACCGCAAGGACGUCGAGUACCCCACCUACUCGAGCAACUGGGCCGGCGCGGUGCAGAUCGGCAACGGCUUCAACAAGGUCGUCGGGACCAUCACAGUGCCCCAGGUCUCGGGCGACGCCUCGGCCGCCGCCUCCGCCUGGGUCGGCAUCGACGGCGACACCUGCCAGACGGCCAUCCUGCAGACGGGGGUGAGCUUCUACGGCGACGGCAGCUUCGACGCCUGGUACGAGUGGAUCCCCGACUACUCGCACAGCUUCGCCAACUUUGCCAUCAGCGCCGGCGACCAGAUCCGCAUGACCGUCGACGCCUCGUCCACGACCCAGGGCGUCGCCACCCUGGAGAACCUCACCACCGGCAAGCAGGUCUCGCACACCUUCACCAGCACCCCCUCGACGCUCUGCGAGACCAACGCCGAGUGGAUCGUCGAGGACUUCGAGUCCAACGGCCAGCUCGUCCCCUUUGCCAACUUUGGCACCGUCACUUUCACCGACGCCUCUGCCUCGGGCUCCUCCGGCUCUGUCACGCCCUCGGGUGCGCAGAUCUUCGACAUCAGGGACUCCAGUGGUCAGGUUCUCACCAACUGCGGCACCAGCGGCAGCGAUCUCUCCUGCUCUUACACUGGCAACUAG